CUCACCAAGUUUGAAGUCUAAGUAUCGAGAAUUGCGGCUAAGCCUAUACCAAUUUCCGCGGUGUCGUAUUGCUCACUGUUCCGAGCUCGUGUGCGUCGUUUUGAGCAGAAAGUUCUAUUUAACGAAUAAUGAUCAGCAACAUCUUCAAUCACCAGCUCAUUUCCCAAAGACCCAGGCUGCUAGCAUUUAUCCUGGUCUGGGAGCAGGCUGCAGGCGUCCUCUGAAUUUUUAACGUCACUUGCAAAAGCUCAAACUUGACAGCAGCCCAAAAAUAAGCGUGUGCCAUCAAUGUUUAGAUCUUUAUCAUCUCAUCACUGAGCUCAGUAUUCUAUGGUUCUAAGGCAAUUAAUUUUGAAGUUGGAAGUUGGCUUAAGGAAAUUGGUAAGGAUUUCUUUCAGAAUUUCUCAAGGUUACUGGGGUUACCCAACCGUUCAUAAUUUAUUCCAGAAGAGACGACUUUCAGAAUUCAGAAUCAGGGACAAACUUCCGGAGCAACCACGUACCAAUUCCUCGUACCCGGAGAGGCAUAACAUGACACAUGUACAUAUUAUAAAGUGUCGGAUAAGGAUCAUAUACAACUCACAUUAUUUAUAACAUAAUAUUUAAAAUCAACAUUCAUUUUGAUUAACCAAUGAACUUUCUUAGACCAAGUGCACUCAGACGGAAUGGUUGCUGUUUGAGGCUGUUUAUAUAUUGUGUAUGUUGUCUGAGUCUCUUCCUGAUUGUUUAUAUUAUGCUGAAAAAUAGACUACAGGUAAUAGACAAGUCUUUUGUGCAGCUUGACAAGUGCCCAGCUUGUUUUGGAAAAUGGGAGAGUGUUUGUCAGGCCAUCUCCUUUGAAAAACUGAAAGUGUGGGGGAACUAUUUUUGGAAAAGUGAAUCUUUAAAAGGUGUAUGGUAUGGCAAAUGGAAUGAAUUAGCUGUGGUUUUAAAACAGCUUGGACAUAUUAACGAGCUGGCAAUGUUAGACCAAGAAAUAUGUCUUAAUGCAUCAGUACCAGUCAGUAAACAUUGUGAUGUUGGUGAAAAAGUGUUAAGAUCAUUUUUAAAUCCUGCCAUGUCAUUCAAAAGUGCUCUAAUGCAGUUCAUGGAAUGUCCAACCAUGCAGUUUGUCAAGAUAAUAGAAAGCAACUUAAAAAAUGAAAAUGAUGUGGUACGACUGGACCAGAAAAUCAUGGCAAUGACAAACCUACAUUUUAAUCAAGAAUUUCUCUUUUUACAGGUAUUUUCUGAACGGUAUUCAAAUUUUCUGCCAGCUGUUUAUGGUGCCUGUGGAAGGGUAAUUGUUGUUGAAAAUGUUGGGCCAACUCUAUCUUCAGUAUUAAGUUGGUCUUGGCAAGAACGCGUAAAAGUUAGCAUUAAACUGAUUCAACUGGCGCGCCAGUUUACGAGAACAGAAGACAACAUGGCUCUAUAUAUGUACGAUGUCGCCAUGGACAAUUAUGCGGUGGAUAGACAUGGCAAUGUGAAACUCAUUGAUUGUGAACAUGUUCUUGUGGUAGACAUGAAAGCUUUCAAUCGCAGUUAUAGUACUAAAAGUGAAGAUCUAUGUACUGUCGACCGCUUUCAGUGUCUGACGUUUGUUCCAGAGGACUUAUGCAAAGGACAAGCCCAAGACCACAAUUACUACGCCAUAUGUCGGAAUUUACUCGCAGCUGUUGGCAACUCCAGGGGACUUCUCCACUCUCCAGAGGAUAAAAAUAGCCAGUCCAGGCUUAAAUACUUACUUGACAAUUGUGUAUACAGUAAAGAAAUGAGUAGGGAACACGCAGUAGAAAUACUGGAAAAACAACUUCUAAGAUAUGUUACAUAUGAUAAGGGAGACAGAAAUACGUAAAAUGUUAAUUAUCGCAUGUGAAAUCUCUGUAUACAUACUAUAUAGCCUAGGAAAGAACCAUGCAAGAAAGAGAUUACUUGUACUUUUAUAAAAACAACUGACAUAUAAUGACCUCGAGUUCUUCCUCUGUACUACAGUUGCAAUAAAACAAUAGCUUUU